CAAAAAUUUUCCCAUCCUUUCUCAGCAAAAUCUCGGAAAAUAAUAAUAAUAGCAAUCAUAGUACAUCGCUGGCAUUUCGGUUUUGUGGAUUUCGCGUUUGACUUUUUUUAUUUCUUGGAGCGAAAUCGAAGGGAUUUUUCAAUGGAGAGAGCCUAAUCAUUUUGGCAAUUAUUUCUGUUUUGCUGCGAAGAUUUUGCCUCUGUUUGGUCGGAGAGAAAGAAAAGGAAAAAGAUCAGAGAAUGGGGAAAAAAAAUACUGUUCUCGAUAAAAUUCAAAAAAUCAGGCGCGCAUUAAUGAGCUUCUGAGCUUUUACACAGCCGAUUUUCAUUUCCAUCAAGGUUGAAUAAUAGGAAGCGAAGAAGGGAGUGGAAAAGAGUCGCUCAAAGCACUGGCUACUUGGUGAGUAGCUGAGGGCAAAAACGGCAAUAUAAUCAAACAACAGUUGGGAUAUUGAGGGUAUUAACGUAAACGAGGAAAGAUGUUUACAUGCAUAGCAUGUAAGGCAGACGAUGGGGAAGACGAAGGAGGAGGAGCGCGUGGUAGCGGCACCCCAAGUACAAAAGAAGCCGUCAAAAGCCUGACGGCGCAGAUCAAGGAUAUGGCAUUGAAAGUGUCCGGUGCUUAUAAGCAAUGCAAGCCUUGCACAGGGUCAAGUAGCUAUAGAAGAGGGCAGAGACCUUAUCCAGACUUUGAUACUGCUUCAGAAGGGGGUCCUUAUCCCUAUGUAGGAGGUGCAAGCUCAAGUUCUACACCUGCUUGGGACUUUACUAGCUCUAGUCAUCACCCAUCUACAAGACCAGACUCGAGAUUUACGGGGUUAUUGAGCGGUGACCAAACUCCUAGAGGAGUGUCUGUGUCGGCUCAGUCUUGUGAUGUGGUGUUAGAGAACGAGGAUGAACCCAAGGAGUGGAUGGCACAGGUGGAGCCGGGGGUGCACAUUACUUUCGUGUCUCUUCCAAAUGGGGGAAAUGAUCUAAAACGAAUUCGAUUCAGCCGUGAGAUGUUUGACAAGUGGCAAGCUCAGAGAUGGUGGGGUGAGAAUUAUGACCGAAUCAUGGAGCUGUACAACGUCCAGAGAUUCAAUCGGCAAGCUCUUCAGACUCCAUCAAGAUCUGAGGAUGAGAGAGAUUCUUCUUACUCGAGGAUGGGAUCUGCUAGGGAAAGUCCUAUGGCUCCAUCUUUGAACAAAGAUUGGACACCAAGGAGCCACUAUAAACCCCCUGGAAGUAGACAGCAUUUCCCACCUGACCCUUACGAUCAUGGUGGUGGUGGUCAUCACUACAAUGCUGGGUCAAGUGGUUAUGUGAUGGGUGGCCACAAAGGAGAGACGUCAUCUCUAGAUGCAUCACGGACGACAACCUCAUCUCGUGACGAGGCUUCGAUUUCAGUGAGCAAUGCCAGUGACCUGGAGACAGAGUGGGUUGAACAAGAUGAACCUGGAGUGUACAUUACCAUUAGACAGCUAACCGAUGGCACUAGGGAGCUCCGGCGUGUCCGGUUCAGCCGCGAAAAAUUCGGGGAGGUGCAUGCAAAGUUAUGGUGGGAAGCAAACAGAGAAAGAAUACAAGCCCAAUACCUAUAAAUUUUUGUCACACAAUGAGAAUGAUCAA